CGGGGAAGAAGCCAACAGAGGGGGGUUGAAGCAAGAAGCCAGGGGCAUAUGCAGUACAACCAUAUAGGAAGUCAGAGGCAAAUGCAGUAUAACCAGGGACAGUGCCAAGAAGAGCAGAAAAGGGAAUCUUAUAAUCGGAACCUGUUUCAAAAAGUGCAGCAAAGGGAAUCGUAUAACAGAGGCUUGUACAAACAAGCCACCCCAUACUUUUUCACAAACUUUCCAGAGGAUUGGAGUUAUGCAGAUAUGUGGAGAACUUUCCUGGCAUUUGGGAGAGUCUAUGACAUCUACAGUCCUAACAGGAAAAGUAGAAAUGACAGCAGGUUCGGAUUCGUAAGAUUUCUUGAUGUGAAGAAUAAAAAGGAGCUGGAAAGGCACUUAGAUCAGAUCUGGAUUGGUGGACGCAAAUUAUGGGUCAACAUACCAAGAUACAAUGAAGAGAUGAAUGAAAAAGGGGAGAAAAGAAACAAGCAAGUACUGGAGACAAGAACACAGUAUAGAAGCUAUGCAGAAGUGGUGAGUGGCCAGGGAAAAAACAGAGUGUAUGAAGAGAGGAAGUUUCAGAGCAACGAAGAGCAAAGUAGGGGAAGAGGAAGAAGUAGAAGCAGAUCAAGACCAGGAAACCGCUCAGAAGGGAAUAGAAAAAUAUGGCAACAGAUAGGAAAGAGGGAGGACUGGGUGGGAAUAGAGUACAUUGUAAAAUCUGAGGAUUACUCUUGGCUCGAUGGCUGUUAUGUAGGAACGGCACACUCUGUGGAAAUGGUCCGGAAUCUUCAGGAAAAAUUCUACAUGGAGGGGUACUUUUCUUGCCGAAUUCGAGCAAUGGGCGGUAAAUUGGUUCUCUUAGAUUGUGAAGACAAGGAAGAACUAAAAGACCUGGUGGAGUUGGGAGCAAAUUGGCUCGGACAAUGGUUCGAGGAAGUGCGACCUUGGACACCAGAUAUGGUGAGCAAGGAGAGGUUUGUCUGGAUGAGAUGUCAAGGGGUUCCAUUAAAUGCCUGGGAACCGGAUUUCUUUGCUACCAUGGGCUGUGCAUGGGGAAAAUUUAUAUGUUUGGAUGACAGCACAAGUAAAAGAAAGAGGUUUGACAUAGCCAGGUUCUUGAUAUCCACUCCCAUCAUGAAUACAAUAUCAGUGAUGCGGCAAGUUAAAGUUAACGGGAUCAUUUACAACAUCAAAUUUACAGAAGAAGAGUUCACUAACAGCUUCUUCUCACUGAAACAAGAUUUUAUGCCUACGUUCCAAAGUGAAUCAGAGGAGCAUGAAUCAUGGUCCAUGGAUAGUGACAUAGAGGAACAGGAGUUCGAAAAUGCAGGGGAUGUUGGAAAGGGUGAGAUGAGGUCUCCGGGGACAGAGGUUGAAGAUGAUGACGUGGCAAGCUUCACACAAGAGACAAAGAAGAGGCUUCGGUCACAAGCUGAGGAAAAGGAAGAAAAAUCCAUUGAAGUUGUAGGUGACAGCCUAGAAGAAAUUCAAAUUUUGAUUGAUGGGGAAGGCAGAGAAGAGGCAGUAGGAACGAUGCAGAUGCAGAGGCAUGGGGAAUGCCAUAAGUCAGCUGGUUUUGAGGAAGAAAGUAGGAAGCAAUUGGGCUUUAGAGAACAGACCAAAGAAAAGCCCAGUAGAGAGCCCAAAGCAAAUUCGGACAUCAGCCCAACAAUGGAGGAGUCCACAAAUAUGGCCUUGGCUCAAGUAAGCAGAUCGGGGAACACAAAAUCAGUUACAAAUGAGGAAGAUUAUAGAAACAGAGGGAGUGCAAGCGAAAAUGACGAGAGAGAAGGGGAAGACCCAUUCUGGAAAGGGUUCGAAAGUGAAGAGGGGAGGUUAAAAGAAUGGAUGGGUAGGAAGAAUGAGGGGAUCCCGAAGAAGAAAAAGAGGAGAAUCAGAUCUUGUAAGGCGGUGUAUUUAUCAGCAAGAGCAAUAGGUGAGGACGCACAAAGAAGGAAGGGGCGAGGAAAACAGAGAAAGAAAAAAACAGGAGGAAAGACAGCAUCAGAAGACACACUCUAUUCUAAUGAGGAAGCCGUCGGUGGGUCAUUAGGUGUGGUAGCGGAGAAUGAAGAGGAGGUAAUACAGAAAAUAGAGGAGAUGGAAGACAGAGACAGACGAGCAAAAGAAAAAAUGGUGAUGAAGGAUGCCGGAGAUGAGAAGAGGAUUAGGGAUAUUGUGAGGAAGGAGAGGAUUCAAUUUUUAGCUUUGCAAGAAACUAAGAUGGAGGUAGUAGAUAGAAAAGUAUGUAGGAAAAUAUGGGGGACUGAUGAGUACGAUUGGAUCAUGAAACCAUCAGAGGGGCUGUCCGGAGGAUUACUGUGUAUAUGGAGCUCAAAAGUGUUCAAAAAAAAGAAUGUCCUGGAAGGGAGAAAUUACAUUGGUGUGUAUGGGUUAUGGGGUGAGGAAGAAACACCAGUGUAUAUUUUGAACAUAUAUUCUUCUUGCCUCUUGACGGAUAAAAGAGCCUUAUGGGAAGAAUUACAGAUGAUGAUCACUACCUGCAGAGGCAAUUGGUGCUUGAUGGGUGAUUUCAAUGCAGUGAGGAACACAAAACAAAGGGCAGGGUGUAAAGGGUUUUCCAGGGAAAUGAGGGACUUUGAUUGCUUUAUUUGCGAAGCUGGAUUGGUAGACUUACCAUUAGUAGGCAGAAAGUAUACCUGGUAUAAUGCCAAUGGUCAACAAAUGAGCAGGAUAGAUAGAUUCUUGCUGUCAGAAGACUGGAUUUUGAAUUGGAGUGAUGUGAAGCAAUGGGGGUUGAGAAGAACAGUGUCAGAUCACUGCCCCAUCAUUUUAAAGAAUGAGAUGGUUGAUUGGGGCCCUAAACCCUUCAAAUUUUUUGAUGCAUGGUUAGAACAACCGGGAUGCAUAGAGGUCAUUAAAAAAGCAUGGAAUUCCAGCGACGAAAAAGGUUGGAAAGGCUAUAGGUUCAAGGAGAAAUUGAAGAGAACCAAGAAUGCCUUAAAGGAGUGGAAUGACAAUUCUACAACAAAAGUGGAUAGUAAAAUUAAUGAGGCUGAGAAGGAGAUUGCAUUACUAGAUGAAAAAGGUGAGAAAGACCAAUUGUCUGCAAUUGACAUUGAAAAGAGGAGAAAAUGCUUUAUUGAGUUAUGGAAGCAUCUCAAAAUUAAAGACAGCAUGUGGCAACAAAAGUCAAGAAUGGCGUGGCUAAAAGAAGGGGAUGCAAACACAAAGUUUUUUCAUAGAUGUGUGAAGGGAAGAUGGAGGAGAAACGAAAUAAAUAGCAUACAGAUCAAUGACAAACAACACACUGUGGUGGCGGAAAUUAAAGAGGAGGUGGCCAAGUAUUUUGAAGAGUUGUUUACAGGGGAGCAAUGGAAAAGACCGAAACUGGAGGGCAUUGAUUUUAAACAAAUAUCCAGUACAGAUAGUGAACUUCUUAUGGCUGAAUUCUCUGAAGAUGAAAUUAAGGAGGCUGUUUGGGACUGUGAUUCUUCGAAAUCUCCGGGUCCAGAUGGAUUUAAUUUCAGAUUUGUCAAGGCCAUGUGGGAAGACAUAAAAGCAGAUGUUGUGGGCUUUGUACAAGAGUUUCAUAGAAAUGGCAAACUUGUCCGUGGGUCAAAUGCCUCCUUCAUUGUCCUAAUCCCAAAGGUAGACAAUCCCCAAAAGAUUGAAGAGUAUAGACCCAUAUCGUUAAUUGGGGUCAUGUACAAGAUCAUCACAAAGCUGUUAGAUAAUCGGCUUCGCAAAGUCCUGCCAAAGAUUAUCGGGGAGCAGCAGAUGGCAUUUAUUGGAGGUAGACAAUUAGUAGAAGGAGCAGUGGUGGCAAAUGAGAUUAUCGACGAGGCAAAGAGGAAGAAGAUGAAAAGCUUUCUGUUUAAAGUUGAUUUCGAGAAAGCAUAUGACAAAGUCUGCUGGGAAUUCAUUGAUUAUAUGUUGAUGAGAAUGGGAUUCAGCAUAACCUGGAGAAAGUGGAUACAAGAGUGUCUAAGAUCAAGUACGGUAUCAGUGCUUGUCAACGGGAGCCCAACAAAGCAAUUCACUGUUAGCAAAGGCUUACGACAAGGGGACCCACUAUCCCCAUUUUUAUUUUUGAUUGUGGCAGAAGGAUUGAACGGGCUUGUGUCAUCUGCAGUUGUCAAAGAGCAGUAUAAAGGAGUGAUAGUUGGAAACGGAGCUGUAUCGGUUUCUCACUUACAAUUCGUAGAUGAUAUGAUAUUCUUUGGAGAGGCAACUGAAGAGAACAUACAGGCAAUUAAAUGCAUCAUGAGGAUUUUUGAGCUUGUCUCAGGGCUAAAAAUCAACUUUGGGAAAAGCCAGCUAAUGGGAAUUGGAGUUGGGGAGGAGUGGAGGGCGAGAAUGGCCUUUAGAUUGUACUGCAAAGAGGGAGGAUUUCCAUUUAAAUACUUGGGGAUCCCGAUCGGAGGGAACCAUAGAAGGAUUACCAUGUGGCAACCAAUGGUGGAAUCCUUUAAAAGAAAGUUAGAAAGCUGGAAAGGUCGGCAUCUCUCUUUCGGUGGUCGUAUCACGCUCAUAAAUUCAGUCUUGUCUAGCUUGCCCAUCUUCUUGAUGUCGGUUUACCUAAUCCCGAAAGGUAUACUUCUUGCUAUUGAUAAAAUUCGUAGAUCUUUUUUAUGGGGUGGAAUGGGUGAAAAGAAAAAAAUUAAUUGGGUAAGUUGGGAGAAGGUAUGUGAACAAAAAGAAAGAGGAGGGCUGGGGGUGAAGGAAUUGAGGAAGUUUAAUUUAGCAUUGAUGGGUAAAUGGUGGGGAAGGUUAGCAUCAAAUGAUGAGGGUUUAUGGAGAGAACUUAUUAAAGGAAAAUACGGGAAUCAGAGGGAUAAUUGGAUGGAUUGGGUAAGAGAGGGUAGAGGUGUAGGCUCAUUAUGGUGGAGGGAUGUGUGUUGUCUCGACACAAUAGCAAGAGACAGAGAAGGGUGGCUAGCAGAGGGGUUUAGGAUACAACUAGGAGAGGGAACUAAGGUGAGUUUCUGGUGGGAUAAUUGGUGCGGGGAGGGAUGUCUUGCUAAUAGAUUUCCGAGACUGUAUAUCUUAUCAACAGGUAAGGAGAAGAAAUGCAAUCAAAUGGGCAAUACAAAGGAUGGAAUGUGGAAAUGGGACCUGGCCUGGAGAAGAAGUCUGUUCGAAUGGGAAGCUGACAGGGCAGAGGAGCUCAACGUCAUGAUCAAAGAUACGAGAAUUUCACCAGGAAGCCCAGACAAGUGGCUGUGGACACACAACAAUGAUGGCAAGUUGGUCAAGUGGCUGUGGAAGGCAUGUGCAGCGUGGUGGGGAAUCAAUGUAAGGCUAGAGAGUAAUUGUUGGGAUACAUUCAAGAAGCUCGGGGAAGGGAACAAAGAUUCACGCAUUAGAGAAGGCUGGGACUGCAUCUGGAAUGCUCUGGUCUGGUCGGUGUGGUUAGCAAGAAAUCAGAAGAUUUUUCAACAAUCAGAGCAGAAAAAAGAAAAGAUACUGGAACUCAUACAAUUGAGAGCUUUCUUAUGGAUUAAAGCAAGAAAGGCAAGAUGCACAUUUACCAUUUCUGAUUGGCUUAAUAAUCCAACUGCAUGUCUUACAGUUAACAAUGGAAGGAAAAGGAAAAGAGCGAGCAGGACAGACAAAACGAGUAAGCACCCAGAAUUCAUUGGGUUUGGUCAGAACAGUGAGAAAUGGAGAAAUUGCAAAAAAAGGACAAAAACCCGACACGGGUGUGGUGUCGACACCAUACUGCAGGCAUCAAGAUUCCGACACGGACGUGGUGUCGACACCACACAGAAAGGCUAAUUGACUCAUGUAAAUUUAUGCCUUUCAAAUUGGGAUGUUAAUGGAUUUGAGGUACCCCUUGUACUCCGUUUUUUUUUUAAUAAUAAAUAUUAUUUUUUGCC